AAUUCAGCUGUCAUGAUGGAGGAUGGAACCAUCAUACGGUUGUGGGAUGACUCUGGAGAGGUGCGUCCUACUGAGGAUGAGCAAACACCGUGGAAAGUGUUGAAAGUGCUGAAGGAUGUGGUCGUGUGCGUUGUGGCCGUUCUUGUGUUUGGAUUAGCGACGUGCAGCAAGGCCUCGUUCCUGCUCCUCAUCACUUUGGCCAACGAGGGCACAAAGACCAUCUUAUCCGACCACAAACCUGUGGCUCUGCUGUGCAUCGGCUGCUCGCUCGUUGCCUCCAGCGUCCUUCUCCUGUUGAAAAGCGUGUGGAAGGCGUGUCAUAAAACAUCCAAGCUGCCAAAGUGUUCAACCGCUGCCCUGGUUCUGUUCUUUGAGUUUGUGGUGUCUGGAGGUGCAGCAGUUCUCACCAUCGCUGCGAUGCCGCACUUGGACAUCGUGAGCAACGUGGCCAUACUAAACAGUGUAGCCGUCAUCUCCUCGCUCUUCCAGGUGAUCGCUCAGUGCAGCGCCAACGCCAGAAACCGCUUCUUGGUGCCCAGCAUCUUCGCCUUCCUCCUCAUUCUGCUUGGAUACGUCCUGUUCCUCACCUUGUACAUCACCAAGAACCCUGCGGACACCAGGACAGUUGUGUGGGUGGGACUGGCUGUUGGCGGCUCCUUCUUUGUGUCUUUCAACUGGUGGGAAGGCUACUUCCAGCUCAUCAGCAAAAGCAGCGGUUCCGUCUUCUUCAAGAACCUGUGCCAAGACUUGACCACGUGCCAGAACGUCCUGCACAUCCUCUCCAGCGUGCUCAGGAUCCUGGUGACUGCCUGUGUGCUUGGAGCCUACGUUCCUCUGUCCAAAAUGGACUGGUUCGUCCUCAAGUCCAUCUCGCGCUUCGAGACCAAGGUCAUCGUCAUCACAGUUGGGGUCCAGCUGAUCUCGUCGGCGCUCUGCCACUGGUUUGGACUGGCAGCCUGCAAGAUGCACGCCCUGCGGCGAUGCUUCAUCCUGCCUCUGUACCUGGCCUCGCUCGCUGUUCUGGCUCUGUUUGUGAUCCCUGUCGUUGUUUACUAUGAGCAGUACAUAAAAGGUCCAAAUACCACUACAGUCAUCGACUUCGGCGGCUACUGUGAUGCAGUUGUAAAUAACAGAAACCAAAGUGUGACCGGCAGCGUGUUUCCUCAACUGGUUCUGGAUGUUACACAAACCCUGUGCUUCCUGGGCAUCACGAAGGUCUCUGACAUUGGCAUCCUAACAGGGUCAUCAGCGUCCUUGUGGCUCGGUCUCGUACUGGCCACCAUCCAUCUGUGGCAGCUCAACGUGAGUCGGAUCCAGAGAACCCAAGACCUGUUCAUCCGGAGGCUGUAUGAAGGAGCCUUCAUUGAGCAGUCGCUGCUCCUCAACACCCGGUUUGACAUCCAGACCACAGGCAGGAAGAAGAGAAAUCGACCAAUUGAAACGGUGAUGGUGUAUCUGUGUGCGACCAUGUGGCACGAGACCUACGAUGAGAUGAUGAAAAUCAUUAUCUCCAUGUUCAGGUUGGACAAGUACAGACCAAAGGCAGAUCCAAAGUUCAAUGAUUUCACCUUUGAAGCUCAUAUCUACUUCGAUGACGCAUUUGAACACAUUGGAAGGAGCGAAGACGUUCAGCUCAACAAAUACGCAAAAAACCUGGUGGAAAUCAUCACAGCAGUUUAUCGGACCUUCACAAACAUGAACGGUACGCUGUUCAGAAGAAACGAGCCGAUCCCCGAUCAGAAGAUCCUGAUGACGCCGUACGGAGGCCGUCUGAUCAUCACCAUGCCGUAUGGGAACAACAUCGUAAUCCACUUCAAGAACAAAGACCUCAUCCGUCACAAGAAGAGAUGGUCUCAGGUCAUGUACCUUUAUUACCUUCUGGGCUUUAAACUCAUGACCAAAUUUUACGAACGCUGGCAGAAAGGAGAGACCGAGGUCGACAUCAGACCCCACAUCAAGAAAGACAAGCAGAACACCUACAUCCUGGCUUUAGAUGGAGACACAGACUUCCAGCCGUCGUCUGUUAUGCUCCUCAUCGACCGUCUCAGAAUGUACCCACGUGUUGGGGCAGCAUGCGGCCGGAUCCACCCCACUGGAUCAGGUCCUACAGUGUGGUUCCAGAAGUUUGAGUACGCCGUGAGUCACUGGCUGCAGAAGACGGCGGAGCACGUGCUCGGCUGUGUGCUCUGCAGCCCCGGAUGCUUCAGUCUGUUCAGAGCAGCAGCUCUGAUGGACGACAACGUGAUGAAAACAUACGCCACCAAAUCCACAGAGGCCAGCCACUUUAUCCAGUACGACCAAGGAGAAGACCGCUGGCUCUGCACGCUGCUGCUGAAGCGGGGCUGGAGAGUGGAGUACAACGCUGCCUCGGACGCCUACACCAACGCACCUGAGGACUUCAAGGAGCUCUUCAACCAACGGCGGCGAUGGGGACCUUCUACGUUGGGCAACAUCGUGGAUCUGCUGGGUGACACCAACUCCAUUUCCAGGAGGAACACGUCCGUGUCCAAACUCUACAUGUUGUACCAACUCUUUAACAUCCUCUCAUCAAUCCUGUCGCCUGCCACCAUCUGCCUCUUGAUUGCAGGAAGUCUGAACUUCAUCUUUUCACUUAAUUCUAUUGGUGCCCUGGUCCUUGCUGUGAUUCCUCCUGCUAUUUACUUGGGUCUCUGCUUUAAGCUCCAGGCAAACACUCAGAUCCUCAUUGCAGGAAUACUGAGUGUCAUGUACGCGUUCCUCAUGUUGGUGGUGACGUUGUCCAUCAUCGGUUCGAUGGUGGAGCAGCAAACCAUCCUGACUCCUGCCAGCAUGUUUGUCAUUGUGAUAGCAGUGAUCUACGUAGUCACUGCUUUACUGCAUCCCCAAGAAUUCCGUCUGCUGUUCUACGGUGUGCUCUACAUCGUCUGCAUCCCCAGCGCCUACCUCAUUCUCAUCAUCUACUCCAUGGUCAACAUGAACAACGUGUCCUGGGGAACCAGAGAGACAAAUCCUACCGCUGGGGCUGAGAGACCUGCAGCCAAGGCUCAGCUGACAACAGCAGAGAAAGCUAAAAACACCCUGCAAAAGUUUGUUUCAUGCAUGAGAUGUAAAACCUGCAACCAGAGGGAAGAUACCACCAUGAUCCUAGAGCCUGGCCAACAUGAACUUGAGCCCCAAAACACUAUUGUAGAGGACGUACGAGUCCCAGACGAAGAGGAGACGCCAAAUAAUGACGUCAGCUCAAGUCAACGUUGGGUCAAGGAACUUCAGGACCUGUUCAAGAACCAUAUGUGUUUGAAGAAGGACACACUUGAAAAGGCGGAGCAGGCUUUCUUCAAAGACCUUCAGGAGAAAUACCUGAAACCUCUGGACAAUGACAAAGAGAAACAGACCCAGAUGCUCAGUGACCUGAGAGAUCUGAGGAACAAGGUCACCUUCGUCUUCUUCAUGAUAAACGCUCUGUGGCUGGUGGCGACUUUAACCCUCCAGAUUAAGAGUGACAUCUUCUCCAUCAGGAUCCCAAAGAUCAGCACCAACCUCAGUUAUACAGGAGAGGAGGUUCUGGUGGAACCCAUCAGCUUCAUGUUCCUUCUGGGAUUUGCUGCUUCUAUUUUGGUGCAGUUCUUGGCCAUGAUUCAUCACAGAGUUUACACCCUCAUCCAUUUCGUAGCCUUUCUGGACACUGAACCCACAGAACCUGUGACUGGAGGACAUCUGCCUGAAAACAAGGUAGAAACCUGACUUUGCAUCGAUGUUCUCUGCUCGUCUCUUCCCACACUGACACAUUCUCCAUCACUUUGUCCAACAUCACGUCAGGAGGAGAUCUGUGAAGACGAGCAGCGAGGAAACGUUAUAUUUAUUUACCAUCUUUAAACACAAAACAAAAACAAAUAUAAGGAAUCAGCUGAUGUAAGCAGCACGUUGUCUAAGACAGGUUAAAAUCAAGGUUUAAACCGAGUCUCACAUGAACAGACUUUUAGAUUCUAUAAAUGAGGAGCAUUAAUGUUUUAUGUAUUUAUUGACUUUGUGAUGUUACUGUAAAACCUCAGCGUUUACUGCUUCUGUGUUCGAUGCCUGAAUUGUUACGAAGAGCAGCAGCACCGUGUAAACUGGGACUGUUCCUUCAGUUUUUUGUUGUUUAGUUUGUUGUUUAGUGUUUGAGUCUGAAGAGACGUGGUCACUGCAGCAUCAGAGGCGUCAUCAUCCAGUGCAGAGGUACAUGGGUUCAAUCUGCGCUGAUGAGAAUAUGAGGUUUUGUUUAACCUCCCACAAGCUCCUUAACGGGUGAGUAGUUAUAACUAGACGUUGACAGACUCAUCAAACUAAGUUUGAUGAUAAUAUUAUCAAACUAAGUCAAACUAAGUUUGAUGAAAAUAAUAAGAGUUUGUCAUGUUUAUAAGCCCUGUUUGUCUUGAACUCAGCUUCCGUUGGCUCAGCUCCUUUUCUCUGUAGUUCCUCUGAUCCACCACCAGGUGUCGUCACACUUUACCAGAACCUGUUUUUUCCUCAGCACUUAGCUGAGAAGUCUGGUGAGGUUUUUAUGAAACCUUUGGACUGAGCUUCAGUUCUGUCCUUCUCAACCAGUUUAGAUUUUCUGCUUGUUCUCUUAUUUUAACUCAGUCUUUGUUUAUGGACUCAAAGCAGCGUCCUGGUUUCUGCAUCAGCAUCUCUGGCACCUUUUACAUGUCAUGUAUUUAAUUUAUUUUUUGUUUAAUUUUGUUUUAAUGUGUAAGUUUGUACUUUUUUUAAUGUGUUGUGUUUACUUUGCUUGAUUGUGUGCAAUAUUCAAUAAUCUUCUCAUGACCCUGUACACUGCUCACUUUGCUCAGUGUAGUGUUGUACUGUGCCAUCUGGUCUGAUACUGUGUUUCAACCCUGUACAG